AGAGAGAGAGAGAGAGAGAGAGAGAGAGAGAGAGAGAGAGAGAGAGAGGCUACCGUGACGGCGCUUCUUGAUGCACAAGUGUUGUGACCGGGGUGGACCUUUAUUGUCACAGUGUGCGCAGCCAAAAACCUACAACCGUCAGAGCAUUUUGCGGGGACAAAGGCAAAACACAGAGACAUCCAACCGAAAUGGGGAAGGUGGAAGGAGGAAUGAAAUGUGUGAAAUACCUUUUGUUCGUGUUCAACUUUACAUUCUGGUUGAUGGGAUCCUUUGUUCUGGCAGUGGGACUGUGGCUUCGUUUUGACCCAGAAACUGUGUCUCUGCUCAAUGGUGAUAAGGCUCCAGACACUUUCUUCAUUGGCGUGUAUAUCCUGAUAGGUGCUGGCAGUCUGGUGAUGUUGGUUGGUUUCUUUGGCUGCUGUGGAGCUGUUCGGGAAUCUCAAUGCCUGCUGGGUUCAUUCUUUGCCUGUCUGUUGAUCAUCUUUGGAGCUGAGGUGGCAGCAGGGGUCUUUGGAUUCUUAAACAAAGACAAGAUUAUCGAAGAUGUUCAGAACUUCUAUGCAACAACCUACAAUGAAAACGAUAAUGGCACAUUGAUCAUCUCGUACCAGAAAGUAUUGAACUGUUGUGGAACCAAAGUAAGCCCCUGCCCUGAGCCCAAACCAGAUACUAAGGACUGUGAGACAGGCAUCAAGGACUUCUUCAACAGUAAACUCUACAUCAUUGGGUACGUGGGCAUCGGCAUCGCUGGAGUCAUGAUCAUUGGGAUGAUCUUCAGUAUGGUGCUCUGUUGUGCCAUUCGCAACAGCAGGGAGGUCAUUUAAACUGGAUCCUUGACCCCUCCUGUACCCAGCCCCGAAAGACUGUACAGCCUUCAGAUCAAAUGUCAACCUCUGUCUAGUAUCCAUCCAGGGACCCGGGAAAUAGGCCAUGUUCAAAAAAUUCCUUCCCACUAUGGUGCUCAACCCAGCUCUCCUGGCCUGAUCUUCCUCUAUUUUCUCUGAAUUGUUCUUUAUUUAUUUGCAAAGUAGCAUGCCCUAUGUUUCAUAACACUCUGAUAAGACUUACACCAUUCACAUAUCCAGUGAGAACAGUAUAAUUUCUGAUGUUGACCCGACAAUCUGUCAAAUAGUUAUUUUCCUCAUGGCCAUUUGGCUACCACUACAAAUUUUAACCCACAUACUGUCGCAGUAGUGUCAAUGCUUUUUCACACAGCCUUGACACUGACCCCUUGGCUGUGGGAAACUUUAGCUCAAGAGAGCAAUUUGAGGUGAAAGUAACUGAGUUUGCUUAUCUCUGCACACAAAUUAACACACGUGAGACCAAGAGAGGGAAUGACCAGUGAAUGCUUCGAGAAUGCAUCCAUUGUGCAGCCCCAGCACUCAUACAGAAUGCACAUGCUGUGAACUGUACAAUUAACAUAGAUUGUUCUGUACCAGAAAAAUCUGCAAUUAUCUUAAAGGAAUAGGUCAACAUUUCAGGCAAUACGCUUAUUCACUUUCUUGCCAAGAGUUAGAUUAGAAGAUUGAUAGCACUCUCGUUUUUUACUCUCGUAAACACACCAGCUGAACCACAAACCAAAUUCCCUCUUUGUCAGAAAGGAAAAGCUCCUCGUCUGUUUGGCAGAGUGAUCAGGGAACAUAAAAACCACUUUCUACCUUUUCUGUGUUAAUAGAUAUGCUCUCUUAAAUAAGAGAGUACCCUUGAGUCUCUGUUGACUGUAUGUCAAGAAGAUCAUGUAGACAUGUUUACAGGCUAAACAUAUACUAGCCGGUCAACCGAGAAUAGGCACUGGGGAUGUGAAAUUCAGUUAUCCAAGCUAGGCCUUUGAUCUCUUCCCACUUCCAUCUUUUUUCCCCUGUGUGUCUUAAAAGUACAUCGCCCCACAACAAAACAAAAACUGAGAAACGACCCCAGUAUUUCUCUCAACCCUAGCAGAUAAGAAGGUUGAAUAAAUGGAAGUGGAUUUAACCACAUCCAGGUUAAAUCAGGCCCCUGUUAAUUGUGUAGUUCUUGUUUAUUCUAAUUGUCAGGACUCGUAAAUAUGUAAAUAUGUGUUUUCCUGUAGUUGUACAUGAUUUGUAGCUGAUGUGAUACUAUUUAACAUACUGUGUGUAGACAGAGGCUUGCAGUAGUUGUACAGCGUUGUAGUCAUGACAGUGUUUGCAAUAGUCAAAGCAAAUCCACACAACUAAAACAGCUUCUUAACGUGCCUUUCUUUGAUAACGAGCUGUUUUUGAACAACAGGCUGUCUGAAAGUAGCAAAAGUGUACAUAUGUUUGUAGAGUUGGAGUGCAAUUAAUUGUCACACACAUUCGACGAGUAGCACAUAUGGCUCAACUUUCUAUUAUUGUUUUGGUUGUUUUUUUAAAAUGUCGCACUCAACUGUGUCAUCUCUGCCAAGAGAGCUGAAUGGCUGAAAACAACUAUUUCUCUGCCAACUACUUCAAAAGCCUCUUGGUACUAAAAAAAAACUCUUAAAAACUCACUUAAAACAAUGAUCUUAAUGUUGAUUAUGUCCAAAUGAUCAAGCUAUUUGGAACACAAACCCUGAUCAAUGUUGCUUUCAUUUUUUUAGUUUUACAUUUCAGUGUAAUGAGACACAAGUGAGGAGACAACAAAGGCUUACUUACCACUUAAGGCUGUUGGGAUGCCAAUAGGAAGUGUUUACUCUGAGGAGUGAGGCGACACAACAGAGUCACUAGGCUGUCACUUCAGAGGCUCUGUGGAGUUAAAAUAGAAUGAACUGGGAACAGUUUAGCGCAACUCAAUCCACAAAGCUGUUGUUGUGUUAUAUUUGUUUGAGCAAAUCUGGAGAUGUAAUGACACUGUGUACACAGUCGAGCCUUUCGUAGUUGGUUGUGUGUUAAUUUAUUUUAAUACCAUUCCAGGCUUCUCAGGAAGAUAGGUGUUUGAAGUUUAAUAAAUCUUUUAAAGUUU